AUGGCACCCGCGGCAGCAGCAGAUGCGGCGGAGGGCCCCCCGCCGUCGGCAGGCGAGGGGGAGAGGCGGCAUCUGGAGGAAGUAGAGAUGUGGCUUGAGGCGCUGCAAGAGGCCCCAGGAGAGUUGUUGCGUCAGGAAGCAGCAGCAACGAACCAGGGGAGGGCUUUGGCCUUGUGCGUCUCUCGACUGAGGGAGCUCGCUGCAGCCGUAGAAGGGGCCUCCUCGCAGCGCCUAAGGGGGCCUCGUGCUGCUGCUGCUGCUGCUGCUGCUGCUGCUGCGCAGCAGGAGACUUAUCUAGACCAGUUGCGGGCCUUAGAGAAGGCGGCUCUUUCAGGCACGAAUGCCGAAGCUCAAGGCGACUUGCAGCAGCAGCAGCUGAACUUGCAGCAAGUAUGGGAGUUGCUCGAUGGAGAAGCCACUCGUUGCAUCCGCAGAGCGAGGAAGCGUCUGAGGAAGCUGCGUCAGGUGUGGGGCCUCACUAACACUGGCGAAGGGAUGCCUUCGGAAAACGACCUGUCCGGGAGCAAGAGACGCAGGGGGGCCCGUGUGAGUGCUCCCGCAGACAAGCGACUGCAGCAGCAGCAGCAGAAGCGGCAACAAGAAUUGCAGCGGUGCAUCUUCAACCCCGAAGCCUUGUCGCUCCUUCAUGCUGGCACCCACAGGUUCGAGUCCGAGUCAGCAGCGGAAAGCGAAGAGGAUGAAGGAGAGGCCUCAGUGAUGGGAGGUGCCUCUGCUGAGGAAGAAACAGACGGCAGCGAAGCGCGAGGGGAGCUGCAGUCAGGCGACGAGGGAACGGAAGAAGAAGAGGAAGAAGAGGAGGCAGGAGAAGAAAAAAGUGCUGAAGAGGAAGAAGUAGAGGAAGAAGAGGAAGGAGAAGAGAAAAGCGCUGAAGAGGAAGAAGUAGAGGAAGAAGUAGAGGAGGAAGGAGAAGAAAAAAGCGCUGAAGAGGAAGAAAUAGAGGAAGAAGUAGAGGAGGAAGUAGAGGGAGAGGAGGGUACAGAAGGACCAGCGUCAGAGAGUGACGCCGAGGAUGAUGAUGCUGCCUCUGCAGAAGCAGACGAUUUGCUAGACGAGAUUGAGGGCAGAGAACACGAGAAGGCGCAGCGGGACCGCAGCAAGAAGCCUAAGCAGCACCAGUUGGAAGACGAGUUCUUCUCUCUCGAGGCGAUGCACCGCUUUGUGGAGGAGGCAGAGCAAGAGGAAAAGAAACAGAAUAAGCAGCAGCAGCAGCGUCUGCAACGGCAGCGUCUGCAGCAGCAGCUCGAUGACGAGGAGGAAAGCGAGCUAGAUGACGAAGAAGCUGCAGCAGCAGAUUUGCUGCUCUACGAAGGGAUAGACCCCUCUGCCAAGGGCGGUGGUGGUGCUAUUAGUUAUGAGGCCUUUUAUAGCGAGUCUAAGGGUAAAGAGCAAUCCAAGCGCCGACUGCGUGAGCACUGCAGGAGCAGCGAAAAUGAGAUCAGGGAUGUUGAGACAGCAGAAGAGUCAGAAGAGGUCGAGGGGGAGCUUAAGGGCUUUGCUUCUGAGGGUCCUCUGGAUGCGGAGGAUCGGCGCCUUGAAAAGGAGUUGGACCGGCUUCAAGCUCUUAUGGAAGAAGAAGAUAGAGAGAGGCGGGAGCAGCGCAGAUGUCGCCGCAAGCGGGAGGAGGAGGAGCAGGAGGGCAGUUGCGGCAGUAGCAGCGAAGUUGAUGAGGCUCCCAUGGCUGCAGCUGUUGCAGCAACGCCUCCAAACAGGCGUAAGGUGCGCGCAGGCUCAGAUGGCUCGACGGCUAGAGCAGCUGCAGGGGUGGCGGGGGGAGAUGACUCUCUUGCUGCGCUGGCGUCCAGAGUAGAAGCUCUGGAGGACGAGUUGGUAGCGCCUAAGAGCUGGGAGUUUACUGGCGAGGCCUGGGGCAGGCACAGAUCGAAAGACGCGCUGCUGGAAUUAGAGGACCUGACAGUUCCCUUUCCUGCACAGCCGCAGCAGCAGCAACUGCUGCUGCAGCACCAAGACUUGCGUUUAGGCGAAGAUGACGGGGACGAGGAGACUGUGGCGGCAGCGGCGGCGGGAGCCUCUGGCUCAGCUGUUGCUAUCAGCACGUUUAUUGAGCGGAUCGUAAAGGGGCGAAUAGAGGAGGCCCUCUUUGAUGACGUGCAGCGGAAAGCACUACCUAACAAGCCGAGCGGCGCGGGCAGCAACAAGGCUGGCGCAGCCGCGGCGGCUGCAGCGGAAGAGGAGCUGAAUAUGCAGAAGCCUGCGGAAGGACUUGGGGACCUUUACGCCAGGGAGUAUCAGGAGAAGUUGCUGGGGGCCCCCUCGCAGCAGCAACAGCAGUUGGAUGCUGAGAAGCGGCAGCUUUUAGAGCUCUUUGGGGAGGUAAUGUAUAAGUGCGACGCCUUAACAAAUGCACAGUUUGUACCGCGCCCUGUUGCUGCCCUGGCUGGCUCCGCUGAAGGCAAGGGUGCUCCUGCUGCAGUGAGAGUAGAAGAGGCCGUGCCUGUAUUUGUCCCGGUGGAUAGAAGCGGCAACAAGGGCAGUCUCCCGGAAACGAGGAAGACGGCAGAGGAAACCACGCAAGAAGAGCGGCGCGCAGAACGGCGUCGUAAGAAGGAGCAGAGACAGAAGCAGCUGCGAAAGCGCAUAGACUCCGGAGAGCUGACACUGCAGCAGGCAAGAGACAGGCAGGAGCAUCUGCAAGCAAAGAACAAGGCCCAAAAGGUAGAAAGAGCUCAAAAGAGACGAACUGGCUUGACGAAUGCAGAAGCCAUCAAAGAGCUCAGAAAGGGCCAGAAACGCGUUAAGACUGUUCAGUUGCUGGCAGAUGCCGCAAGGGCGAAAGCCGCUAAGGCGCACAGCAGCAGCAGCAGCAGCUCAAAGAGCCGGAUCAGAAGCACGCCGAGCAGCAGGUUUGCCCUCUCCCUGAGGAGGCUUUGUUCUGGCAGCAAAAUCGUGGCCUUGGAGCCGCCUCGGUGA